CGCCUGUGCGUAUUGUUAAUUACCCAAUCAUCAUAUUGCUAAACCACCACCACCUCCUCCUCCUCCUCUUGCACCCGAUCGUGUCGUGAUCAGGUUAUAUAUAAAUUAGAAAGAUGAGAAUGAUAGACUUGGGAAGCCAUAGCCUGCAGAUAAUGGACACCGCAACAACGGUGGAGUGUGGCCGCGAAAUGAGGAUGAGGCGCUCACUCCGGACGCUGGUGGAGUGCAUGGUGCCUGCCUGCUGUGGCUUUCAGCCUACCUCUUCUUCAUCAUCACCGUCAUCCGCUUACAGGGAGUACUGGACCCACAACGAAACGACAAUAUCGAGUACCCCACAGCCACCGCCGGUGAGGGUGAUGAGGCUGACUGGGACGUUCUUUGGGCAGAGGAAGGGGAGGGUGUCGUUUUGCCUCCAAGACGACACCCGCAGCAGCCCUCUCCUCCUCCUGGAGUUCGCCGUUCCCACCGCCUAUUUAGCCAGAGAGAUGCAGUGCGGCCUCCUCCGCAUAGCCCUCGAGUGCUCCUCCACCUCCUCUUCCGCCUGCUCUCUCUUUCAAGUGCCCUUGUGGUCCAUGUACUGCAACGGCCGUAAAGUCGGCUUUGCCGUCAGCCGCCAGAUGUCUGUCUCCGACGCUGCCGUACUCAAGCAGAUGCAGUCCGUCUCGGUCGGCGCCGGAGUCCUCCCCGACGGCGACCUCAUGUACAUGAGAGCCACCUUCGAGCGUGUGAUGGGAUCUCCUGAUUCAGAGUCUUUUCACAUGAUCAACCCAACCGGUACCUCCUCCGCCCAGCAGCUCAGUAUUUUUCUGCUCCGCUCUUCAUAAUAUAUCAAGCCUCACCCAUCCAACGCAUAC